CCUCUUCACCUUCCAAGGUUCACACCUUCAUUUUCCACCUUAUCUCUCUGUAUAAAUUCCCAGCAUCAAUCCCUGCCUCCAUUCAACUCACACAAACCCUCUCUCCUUUCUCUCACUAGCAUAAAGCAAAUAUGAGCAAGGUCACGAUCCUGUUCUUCACUGUUCUGUUCCUCUGCUGCAUGAUCACCCACUCCACACGCCCUGAACCAGCUUUAUACAAGGAAUCUUUGGUGUCUACACACCCUCAGGAUGUUGAGGAAGUUGAUGAAAGCUGUGAAGGAUUUAAAGAAGAGGAAUGUUUGAUGAGGAGGACACUUACGGCACACAUCGAUUAUAUUUAUACGCAGAAGCAUAAUAACCCUUGAAAGAAUUUUCUCCCUUCUUGUAUUGAUGGUUGUUUAGUAAUAUUGUACAUUAGGUUCUGGUAGCUUGUUUAUUUGGACAAGGCUCGAGAUGCUCUUUCCUUACUUUUAUGCUUAUAUAUUUAGAACUAUAUUUAUAUUAUUACUGUAUAUGCUAUGAAAUUUAAACUACCAUGGAAA